AUGGUCCCGUUCCAGCACAUUGAUAUUUGCGUCCCCGUGACGGCGCUGAAAGCGCUGGUGUUGAGGGAUGUCAAGGUUCUCCUCCAGGCCCAAGGCACUUACAUCAGAUUGAUUGAUGAAGUGAGCGGGCGACUGCUCUCGGAGCUGAAGACUUUCAAGAGAAACCAUGUACAUGGCUUUGUGGUCCUCAGCCAAAGGGAGCAAGAUGCGGAAAACGCACAGACUCGCCUCAUUGCCUGGGGAGGGCAGUCCGUGAGAGCUUUUGAUCUGUUGCUUUCCCGCAAUGAGGCUCAAAAAGUGCCCGAGGCGAGCCUGGUUGCUGCGAGUGCAGAAUACCAGGCGCCGGAUUGGAUCCUUGCUGGUUGCGCCCUUGGCGGCGACGAUGUCACUCAGAGCGCAUACGUCCUGACGGCUCACAAUGCUGUCUUUGGUCUGUAUCUAGCGAAUGGGGACCAGUCAAAGUACAAGCAUGCCAUCCAUAUACGACCACUUGUUGCUGGAGUGAACACUAUUCUCUAUUCAGCGGAUAUUGUCUCCCUUUCGGAAUCUCACCUCUUGUUUGCUGCCGGGACUGUCUUUGGCGAAAUCAUCGUUUGGUCCUGCUUCCUAUCGGACAAUGGCGAGGCAACUGGCUCCAUACAUCACUUCUUCACCGGCCAUGAGGGGUCCAUCUUUGGGGUUCGGAUAUCUCCUGUGAUCGCUUCCCUGCGCGGAGAUCAGAGCGGACGGCUGCUGGCUAGCUGUAGCGAUGACAGGACAGUCCGGAUCUGGGAUAUCUCUGAUUGCGAGCGCACAUCUCGUCACGAUGCUCCUGCUUAUUCAACAGAUGGCUUCGAGCUCCGGAGCACAGGGUUUGGCGCAGUAGCCCCCGGUAAUGAGCUCGGAUCUGAGUCAACGAUAGCAAGUGCUUUUGGACACCUGGCUCGUAUUUGGGGGGUGCACUUCCUACCCUUAGAACACGGCCCGGGCAAGAUGAGCCUGCUCUCCCGGGGCGAGGAUGCGACAUGUAUACUGUGGGACCUCACUUGGGACCCGUCUUCGCAGAAGCCCGAGUUCAAACUGAAGGAAGGGCUGUCUAUCCGCAAACACACCGGCAAGCAUGUCUGGUCUCUUGAUGUGCGCAGCACGGCUACCGGGGCAGUCAUCUAUAGUGGAGGUGCUGAUGGGGCUGUUAAGAACUUCACCAUCAAGGAGGAGAACGGGGCGUUUGUGUUGCCUAACCUGGAAAAUCGCAUUGCAACGUCAGUCGAUGCUCAAAACCCGGAGCCUUAUCUUGAGACGUCCAUCAAAGGCUUUGAAUUUGUCUCCCAGGAUCGGUUUGUUGCUGUGACCGUCCGCGGUGAGGUUCAGAUCGGACAAAUCCAGUCCCUAAACUGCGGUAAACAACACAUCUUCAAGGAGACGGUAUUCGUCGAAGAAGAUCUACGCUCGUAUUCCAUCAUUGGCAGCUUACCGCAGAAAGGUGUGGCCCUUCUGGGGAAUGCAAGAGGUGUGAUUCGAUGCUACAGUCAUAACACAAAAUCCCUUACAAGACUCGUCGACACCGGCAAAAGGCCGCUGGGCUUGUAUGUCCUUGACUAUGACCCAGCAUCACCAUCCGGGGCGAACCUGAUCUUCGUCGCCGCUUAUCCUAAGACCGAGAUCGCGGAUUUGUUCAUUGUCUCGAUGUCGGAAGACGCAGAGCCUCGUGUGGAUAAGACAACGCUGAAUCUUCCGCACGGCUUUGUUGUGACAUGCGCAUCUUUGAUCCAUGAUAACAAGCACUUGGCGCUGGGUUCCGUGACGGGCAAUUUCGCUCUGUACCGGGUAGCGAGGGAAGGAAGUCUCGAGCCAGUCUUGCCCCCUGUCAAGCUACAUGGUCGCGACGGACUUAGCUUUAUCGCACCCUUAUCCUCGCUAUAUGGCGAGAAGGGAGAUUUGCUGCCGUACUUUUUGACCUGUGGGCGAAAUGGUACUUACGGUGUUCACGAGCUGGUCAUUUCAGAUGGUGUCGAGCCAUCGGUUGCUUUCAGAACCCUCCACUUUUCUUCUCUCGCUUUCAACUGCGAAAUCCAGGGAGCGUAUAUCGAUAGCGUCACCCAAGAUCUUAUGAUCUACGGGUUCCAGCCCAUGGACUUUGUGCUCUGGAACGAGUCGGCACAGACAGAGGUCGCUAGGCACAAAUGCAACGGGGGACGACGAGCCUGGGCCUUCCAGCCUAGCCAAAAGAAGCCGUGGGCUGGGUCAUUCCUGUGGAUUCAAUCUAGCUUCCAUGCCCUCGAGAUCGAACCCGACGCCAGCCGCACGUUGCGUUCCGGUAGCCACGGGAGAGAGGUAAAGGCCAUGUGUUCCGAGGACACGAAUGUGCGUAUAUUUGCACCCAGUGAGCCGCAGUCAGAGAGCCGCUGGGGCGCGUUCAAGUGUCUGCGUCUUCUGAGGGAGCAUCAUACCGGGCUUCAGAAUGUGGGGUGGUCCAAGGACGGCAAAUUUAUCUUCACGAGCGGUGGUUAUGAACAGUUCUUUGUCUGGCGGACGCAAUCGAUUCCCCGGUUUGGUCUCGGGACGAUGCUGGAUGGAUCGUGCCCCAAGAGCGAUCCAAACUCUGAUCUCCGAGUGACAAGUUUUGACGUGUUGGAGGUGGAUGGAGAGCAGGCAGAGAACGGAUUCCUUCUCUGUUUGACCUAUUCAAACUCCACUAUAAAUAUCUUCCAUUACUCAUCCUCCUCCGCAAUCGACCAAGGCAUCUUUACCUUGCUGGCAAGUGGCACGUAUAUGAGCAACUGUCUGACGCAAGCACAGUUCAUGCUCAAGGGAGAAUCGCUGAGCUUGAUCACAGCCUCGACGGAUGGUUACUUUACGCUCUGGGAUCUGACUUCCGUCCUCGAGCCGUUCUAUACGAUGUCCACACCCCUGCGUCUGAAACACCCCAUCACGGGAGAGUCGAUAACGCCAGGCAGUAUCUCAUGUGAGAACCGCUACCUGAUCCACUGGAACAGCAUCAAGUCCUUGGAGCUGGCCGAUCUAUCAGAGAAAUUGUCCUUGAUCGUUGCUGGUGGCGACGACAAUGCAAUCACCGCGACUCUCCUGGACACGAGUGUCGAAACUGAUGCUGCUGCCUGCACCAUCACCAUCCCCGAUGCCCAUGCAGCCUGCAUUACUGCUACAAAGAUAAUCAAACAGAGCCCAAACCCAAGCGACGGAACCGCACGGUUUGCCGUUGCUUCCUCCGGGAACGACCACCAGGUCAAGAUCUGGUGGAUCGACAUAGACACCAGGAAGGACGGACAGGACCGCAUCCAGAUCAGCAAAGCAGCGGAACGAUACAGCUGCGUCGCGGACAUCUCCUCCCUGGACAUUGUCCACGAUGAGUCAGGCGCAAGCAAGCUGAUUGUAUGCGGAGCUGGCAUGGAGAUGAUGAGUCUCCGGUUGUAGGAGGUAUGAUCCUUACGAUGCGAUGAGAUGAGAUGUUACAUGCACAUAGAAACAGAACAUAGAAUAGAGCGUGUCAUAGCGAG